AUGACAGUUUCACUGCAGGACAAGUCUGUCUAUACUUUAAUUCUUAAUUGUGUCGAUAAACAAGUUCCGGUACCUGAGUUUUUAAACCUUUACAAAGAAUUUUAUAGUGAAAAAUUCUCUACUGUACUUGGGAACGAUGAUUCCGAAAAUGAUAUAAAUAAUACCAUCGAGGUAUCAAAUAAUCUCUCCGAUGAUUUUGUAAGAUUACUGAAUUCCAAGAAGCCCAUUGUUAUUGCAGAAUAUUUAACCGAGAUUCUCUUUGGUAAUUAUAAUAGCGAUUUGAUUAAAUCAUUUAUGCCUAAAUUAUCUUCUGUUCAUGAAAAUAAAAUGCUAGUUCAUUUCUUUUCAAGGGCGUCACUUCAUUUUAGUACUUUGAACGAUAAGUUAAUCAUAGAUCAAUUGAAUAAAGAUCUUCCAGACUCUAUAAUUCCAAAUCUUUUUACUUUAGAAGUGAAUUUAACUGACAAUGAAUUAACCGUUACAUUAUUCAAAUUUUUGCAAUCAAUAGUAAAUUUGGCAACAAGUCCAAUUAUUUUAUCUACACAAUAUAGUGAUGGAUCACAAGACCUUCUACGAAAACUAUCCAAAGUUAAUAAACUUUUGUAUAGAAGAAUUUCUCAAGUAUUCGAUUCUAAAAUAUCGUUUAAAGAUUCCAAACACCUAAUAAAGGAUAUAAGACAAGAAUACAUCAGUUCACCAUCAAUUACAUCUCCACAAUUUAUUUCAAGUCCUUUGUCAAUGAUGAAAACACCGAUGUCGACUUCAGGUCCUUCGGCUGCAAAAUAUAAAGAUCUAAAACUGUUACGUUAUUAUAAAAAUAUAUGGUUGAAUAAUAAGAUCAUUAAAUGGGAACCUAUAAACUCUGAUUUUUUGGCUAGAUAUGCUUCGAUAUCAAAUUCAAUAUUUCAAGAAAAUGCACCAUCACCUCAGAUAACAGAUGCUUUAUUAACUGACUUAAUUGAAACUUCAUUUACCUGUUUUGCCCAAUUCGUAAGUAAUAAGCAAUAUCAUCAAACAAAUGCUAAUUUAAAUUUAUUAGAAAGACAAUGGAUAAUUUUUAUUUCUAAACAUUUGCCAAUACUAGUGUUGAAACAUUCAUCUAGUAAUCCUCAAGUAGUUACAAAUGCUCUUGAGAAGAUAGAUACAAAAGUUAUAAAAGCAAUCAAAGCAUACUAUUCUGAAAAGGACGACAUGAAAAAUAGAAAUGAGGAUUUGUUUGAAGAUUAUCCAACCGCAAGCCUUGACAUAAGGCACGAUUUUAUCAAAUCUUUGAUAAUGCUAGGGUUACAACCCCCUCAAUUUAUAAAUGACUUCCUUAGAGAUGACCAAAUUCUAGAUCCUAAAUCAUUACCAACAACGGACGAUUUGUUCAUACAAACACAACAAGGUACACAAGAAAUUGUUUCAAACAUUCCUACUUUUAUUACCGAUUCCUUAAAUUCCUUGGAAUUACAAACAAUCCUGAAUCAUAACAAUGAACCAAAUAAUGGAAUUCAUCAGAUCUUCUUAAAUUUCGAAAGUAUAUCUCCAACUAAACAAAAGGAAUUUUCAGAGAGUAUAUUGAUAACUUUAUCCGAAGCUAUUGAUUCAUGUAAUUUUACUAUCAUUACAAAACUUUGUGCUCUGCUAAGUUUUAAUUUCUCGCAUUCAUUAACAUCAAUUUUGUCAUUUUGUACCCCUAGAGAGUUUGUGAAAAUAGUUAUGAAGUUUGUUGAUCAACAAUGGUCAUCAGCAAUAGUAACCAAAAAGGAAGAAUCUGAUGAUUCUGAUGAGGUGAUCAACAUGUCAUUAUCAUUCAGUUGGGCCUUAUUACUACUGAUCAAUCUAAACCAAAUCUACGAUAUAUCUUUGGUUAACAAUUCAUUAAAUGAUGGUAAUACCAAUUUAGAAAACUCAUUUUCGAUUACAUUUAUCAGUAGAUUGUCUGAUAUACCCGAUGAAUUUAUUAUUGAAGGUGGUAAUCCAAAGGAUACCGAAUCACAGUUAAAAUCGCACAAAUUGAUUCAAGCCUGGUUAUCCGAUUUAUUCGUGAACGGGUCAAUAUCUGACAAUCUAAUGCAAAAUACUGACGCAAAACAAUUGGCCAGUACAGUCCCGUUUAUUUUUAAACAGGUACUUUAUGCGUUAGAAAUCAAUGCUGUCGCUGACUUUGACAGUAUAAUUGGAGGUGUUGAAUACUUUCUUCAACCUUUCAUGCUAUCUGGUUUAAUCAAAAUUAGUUUUUGGUUAGAAGAUUACCUAUUACAUUUAAAAUAUGCUGAUAAACAAGAUGAUCUGAUUAAUAAGGUGUUUAAAAUUCUUAAUACAAUCUUUAAUCCUAAUACUUUGAAUGAGGACUCUCAAACUUUCCAUAAAGCUGUUUUAAGAAUUAACGCAGCUAGAUUACUGAAAAUAUUUAGACAAUUCAAGAAAGAACCACAAGCCAACUAUGGCGUAUACUCAUCAGAUUCACAAGAACAUUCUGUGCUAGACACACUUAUUGACAAAAUGGUAUCUGUGCUGGGAUUUUCUCCAACAUAUUAUGUCGAUCCAAGGUUAUUAAGUUCUGAUUCUGGUUACUCACAACAAAAACCCCUUGGUUAUGAUAGGUUCAUGAUAUUUAACGAGAAUCCAGUUAAUAAAAUUAUGGCUAACCAAAUUAAUUCGUUUUGGAAUUUACAUAGCAGCACUUAUUACAACUUAGAUUACCUAAAAGAAGUAAUCAAUUUCGUUACGCCGAUUCGUUUCCUAACAGAUGUAAUCCAGACAUUAGAUUAUAAAUUAAACACAUAUGGUGUACCAGCGAUUAGAAACAAAAUAACAUCUAUUGAAUCAGAACACGUUUUUGAUUAUCUGUUCUAUUUCUUAGUUUUAUUUGAUUGCGAAACCCAAAUUGAUGCAGCCAGAAUGAUUCAACUCUUCGAGGAUGAUUCAGACUACAAUGCGGUCGGCAAUAAUGAGUUGCCACAAGCUUCACUGCAUGCAGAGGAAAAUAAUUCUACAAAAAACCCUGUCAAAACAGAAGAUGAGAGCCAUACAAAAGCUGAAGAUAUACAGGACGAUGACAUCGAUAUGCUAUUUGGUGAAAACGAAACAAGUACUCAUAUUACCGAAGAAGAAGUUAGAAUUAUCGACGAUGUAUUCACACCCAAGAAAUUCGAUGAUGCGAGAGCUCUUAAACGGAAUUCGUUUGGUAUCAUUCUACAUGAUCUGAAAUCGUUACACAAUAUUUCAUAUAAAAAUGGUAACACCUCAAAGGAUGAAUAUGAUAGAAUUAGUAAGUAUCAUGACAAAUAUCUGCACAUGUUAAAAGCAUGUGUAUUUUGA